UCUCUGCAAGAGCUCUCGUAGAGUACAUGCCGUCCUAGUAUGAUCCAUAACACUGAGAUUUAAACUAUGGUUUAGAUUACACAUGACUUCGUUGGUGUUGUUCUGCUUGAGGUUUUGAUCGGCCAAUUGUAUCACAGAAGGCGGGGUCACCACGCUGAGGAGGUUUCCUGACAGGCUACAUCUCUACCUAUAAACCACCCUGUGCUAAUAAAUAGGCGUAACAGCGAUUGCACAGGGAAAUAAACUGAGCUCGGUGGUCUACGCGUUGUAAGCAGACGGAAACGUUCAAAGGGACACAACACUCAACGGGAAACAUGGGUGUCCGCACUUUCAUCGUUUUGUUCUGUUUAAUGGGAUUCACCUGUGCGGAGAUGGUGAAAUUCUUGGAUUGCGGCUCCACAACUGGCAAAGUGGCCUCAGUGGACAUCAGUCCUUGUCCCAGUCAGCCAUGCCAGCUACACAAAGGACAGGCCUACAGUGUCAAUGUGACAUUCAACAGUGGUGUGGAGAGCCAGACAAGCAAGGCAUUGGUUCACGGUAUUAUUGCUGGAGUUGCCAUCCCCUUUCCCAUUCCCAUCGAGGAUGGCUGCCAGUCUGGAAUCCACUGUCCCAUCCAGAAGCAGCAGAGCUAUCACUAUGUAAACUCCCUUCCUGUCAAGUCUGGGUAUCCCUCCAUAAAGCUGGUUGUGGAGUGGGAACUGAAAGACGACAACAGCAAGGACCUGUUCUGCAUCAGGUUCCCAGUUCAGAUUGUGAGCUAGACUAGCAAAUGUACCUCUGACUGACAAGUGUUUUAAAGGGAUUCAGCUUUGUCUAAAAACUUGAAGAAGAAUGGAAAUAACUAGUUUAAGAUCUCAUUUUAUUCAUUAAUCAAAAUGAUUUUAAGAUGUGUCUUUCAUUAGUAUGCAAGACUUUGCCGCACAUGCACACCUUGAAUCCCACUGAAAUAAAUGGCUGUUUUUUUGCUGUGGUCUUCCUAACAGUCAGUUUUAAGGGUAGUGAAAUUAUGAGGUUAAUUUCGAUGUCAAUGAUCUUGGGCUCCAUUCCACUACUGUGCAAAUGUCUCGUCUUACUAUUUGCGAUAUAUUCCAGAGAAGGUACAUACCAUACUUUGUCUCUACUAAACCUUUUGUAAUAUUUCUUACUGACCUUGUACUACUGUAAAACAUGGAAUUGAAAAAUAAAAUUCUAAUAAAGAGAUCUAAUAUGUAA